ACCAAGAAUGAGGGAUCGAUACAUCGCCGGUGUUAAAUGCUGCGAGUAACGCGCUUCAAGUUACCGAGCUUCUCCGCACAGCGAAUGAGACGCGACCCCAAUCUACGAAGAGCGCCCGCCGUUAGUGUAGGCGUCGGCAGGCCAAUCCGAGACGUAAGAGAAGCAUGCCACAUCCCGAAGAGCAUCGUGUGUUUUUCGUCAUCGUUUCAUACGAGGAAUAUGCACUGUGACCUUCUAGAUUCACUAUUACUAUCGUUUUCAAACACACAUAAAUCCUAGUGUAUUGCCUUACGUAUACCCGAAAGGCUUGACGAAGAUAAUUCGGACUCUCCACUUCGAUUUUUAGUCGGCUCUAGCAAUGGCACAAGAUACGAUGCGCGCAGUGGUUCUGAAGGGCGUCAGGGAUGUCGCUGUUGAGGAGAGGCCGAUCCCGACUAUCCAGGACCCCAGGGACAUCAUCAUCAAGGUGCGCUAUACUGCGCUGUGCGGAAGUGAACUGCAUGUAUUCAGGGGCCAUCAAGCAUCUGCGACCGGCUUCAUCAUGGGCCACGAGUUCACCGGAACCGUCCACCAGAUCGGGUCAGAAGUCACGUCUGUGCAGCCCGGCGACUCCGUCGUCUGCCCGUUUACAGUGAGCUGCGGCGAGUGCUUCUACUGCAAGCGCGGCUUCUCUUCGCGCUGCGAGAAAUGCCUGCUCUUCGGGUGUCCCUUGCUCGACGGCGGUCAGGCAGAGUAUGUGCGGGUACCGCUCGCCGACUCCACCGUAGUCAAGGCCCCUGCCGGCAUCGAAGAGCUUAAGCUUUGCCUCAUGGCCGACAUUCUGCCCACGGGGUACUUCGCGGCGUCGAAUGCGCUGGGGCAGCUCAGAGCUGAGGAUGUGGCGGAUAGUGUGGUGGUAUUGAUCGGCUGCGGCCCUGUUGGACUCUGCGCUCUCGUCGCCGCGUUGGAAUACGCGCCUAAGGCUAUCUUGGCCGUCGAUGGGGUCCCCUCCCGCUUGGACAGGGCUAAGAGUAUCGGGGCUGAGCCGUGGAAUUACCUGGAAAACGGAGAUGGGCUUGCUGCGCGCGUGAAGGAGCUGACGGGUGGGCGCGGAGCCGAUGUCGUGAUCGAAGUCGUCGGACACAGCUCAGCGCUGGAGUCGGCUUUUCAACUUCUGCGCCCUUGGGGCACGAUUUCGAGCGUGGGUGUACAUAAUGGCGUCAUCCCUUGGAGUGGCAAUCAAGCAUAUGGGAAGAAUCUUAAGAUUCAGAUGGGACGAUGCCCAGUCCGAAGCAUCUUCCCACAAGCUCUUCGACUACUUGAAAAGAAGCAGCAUGUAUUCGAUUUCAUGACCGAAACAGUCAUGCCGCUCAGUCAAGCGGUCGAGGGCUACGAGAUUUUUGACUCUAUGAAGGUACAGAAGGUGAUUUUUGAUGCUGAGAAGUAGUUGGAACUUUGGGUGGCAAGUUGGAAGGUGCGCACUAUACUCUCAUAGGUGUUAAUCACAUUUCGGUACAAACAAGGGAAAAUUAAAAAAAAAAAAAAAAAAAAAAA